CCACUAAAACAUGGAACUGUGUUAAUAUUGAUUGUUAAUAGCGCCUAACCUCCCUGACUUUUAAACUAAACAAAACCCCCCAAAACAUUAAGCUGAGUCCUUGCUUGGCCCGGUGCCGCCGAUCAAUGCCAUGCAACAUCCAAAAGGGAGGAAUUCAAAAUCAAAGCUGUCGCUAUAGCAACGCCCCUGCCAGAUUCCACCAAUCAAUGGAAUCCGUGGGGUUGCGAGAUGCGCCAGGGAAAGGCCAGCGUCCUACAUAAAGAGUGCGGGACGGGGAGCCGGGCGGCACACACACACUCUCGGGGCAACACACACCUUUCUGCAAGCCACAAAAAAAGGCACAGCAGCCAGAAGAAGAAGAAGAAGAAGAGUCAGGAGGAGAAGUGGCACAGAGUCAGGAAGAGAGGGGGAAAGGACAAAGGAAGAGAGGCAGGGAAGAACUGAGAAGACAUGGUUCGCUCACGUGAACAAGGGAUCCCUGCCUGGGUCUGUGUGGGCACCCUGCUCCUCUUAAUCCACUCUGUCACAGUUAGAGGAGCUGCCCUGAAGCUGGAGGCAGCGUUAGACACCGGGGCCACGGUGCUGAAUCACUCCAUGGGCCUGGUGCAGCGUAUGGAGACCCUGCUGGCCCUGGGGAACGGCAGCGACGUCACCCUGCGGGUGCAGACCAUCAACACGGAUGAGGUGAAGGUGAUCCAGGCCCACAGCCUGGUUCUCACGCUGCAGAGCGACGUGUUUGAAGAGCUGCUGCUCACUCGCAACAACAGCGUUGUGGUUUUGAGGGAGACGCCUGACUGUGCAGCUGUCUUUGACAAGUUUAUCAGGUAUCUGUACUGCGGUGACAUCUCAGUGCGGCUAGAUCAGGCCAUUUCUCUCCAUAAGCUGGCCAGCAAGUACCACGUGUGGGGCUUGCAGCAGGGUCUGACCCAGUACAUGACCCAACAUCUGUCCAGUGAGUCGCCCACAGGCCAUGUGAUUGGCUGGUACAACUAUGCGUUACAAAUUGGGGACGUGAUCCUGCGGGACAGCUGCCUGCAGUACCUGUCCUGGAACCUGUCUUCUGUGCUGCAGAGCGGAGAAUGGGGCUCCAUCAGUGAAGACCUGCUCCUCUCCUUGCUCCAGCGCUCCGACCUCAUUCUGCAGACGGAGCUGGAGCUCUACGAGGCCCUGGAGGCCUGGAUUAGCCAGAACCAGCCUGUCAGUACGACGGUGGAGAGUGCCCUGAGGGCUGUUCGAUACGGCAUGAUUCCCCCUCAGCACCUCUUCCGUCUUCAGAAGCAAUCUGCCCUCCUGCAGAAGCAUUACGAGUCUAUCCGCGAUCUGCUCUACCUCGCUUUCCAAUUUCACUCUGCCUCACCUAUCCAGCUGGCCAAGUACUUUGAUGUCAACUGCAGUAUUUUCACUCCCCGUAACUACCUGUCCGCCUCCUGGGGUUCCCCUUGGGUCAUCAAUAACCCCACCCGCGAUGACCGCAGCUUCAGCUUCCAGACCCAGCUCGGGCCCAGCGGCCACGACUCCAGCAAGAGAGUGACCUGGAACGCCCUGUUCUCCCCUCGCUGGCUCCCACUCAGCGCCAGGUCAACCUAUACCGAGCUGGGCGCCAUGCAGCCCACGCGCACGGACGGAGGUCGACCUCGCAUCAUCGUAACGCCAGCCACUUCGAGUCCUGACUUUGCCGGAGUGAGUUUCCAGAAGACUGUGAUCGUGAUGGCAAGACAGCAAGGAAAAGUGGUGGUUCGCCACGUCUAUAACUUCCACCAGAGCACAGAGGAGGCCGGUGAUUUCCUGGUGGACGCCGACCUGCAGCGCCGCGCAUCAGAGUACCUGAUUGACAGCUCCCUCUAUCUGCACAUCGUCAUAAAACCUCUCUACCAUACCCUCCUUGUUGCCAGGAAGUAAAGGCAGGAAUCUGGUGUGGCCUUACUAUCGGUUAUCCACCCUCCAACCACACAAUCACAUAUUCCAAAGUAAACUCAUCUCACAGCACGUGUUUAUGCAUCAGGUCUGAGACAUCUCUGUUUAGCAAGGAGGUGUUUGGUAUAAGAAAAGGACUCACAAUUUAAUGCAGCGUUUAUCACAAUAAUGAUGGUAUUCAGUAUUUCAUGCAUACUAAAAAAAACACUGUACUGUAUUAUUUGUUCAGGUAUUCUAUAGUUUAGCCGUUUGUUCCUUGAAUUUAUUAAAUCUAUGUGAUGGUUUAAUGUUGUUUGCAUAGGUACUAUAGAAGUUUUGCUUUAAAAUAAAAUGUUAUUGCUAUUAAUUUAAUGCAUUUCACUAUAGAUUUUUAGUUCUUGUAUAUCGUACUUGUAUAUGUUGUUUACAUACCAAAAUGUGUAAAUUAAAGUGCAUUCCCAUCAUCAGUGUUCCUUUGUAUACCAGUUGACUUGCAAGACAGUGAGUCCUUUGCUAUUUAUUUAUUAUUUAUUGUUACACAUGCAUUUUAUCUAGCUUUUAAAUAAAUUACACCAGUAUGUGAUUUUCAUCCUGAAACAAAAAAAACAAUUAAUAAAAGGCAAUAACAUAAAAA